UUUUCUUCGUUCUUCUUCUUUCUCUUCUUAUCUCAUUUUCACAUAUAAUACUUUUUCUCUCUCGUUCUUUCUUUACACCGACCCACCACAAAAAGCACCGACCCGAAUUGAACGAGUCAAGUUCAGCUCCAACUCGUUCUGCUACCUUGAAUGAACGAUUCAUCUGUUUGUAUUUUAGAGUUUUGAGCUUUGUUGUUUUGAUUUGGAGGAGAAGGGAAGUUUAAGUAGGGUUAGGGUUUAUUAGGGAAGAUAGGUGUGCUUUAGAGGAUAAUGUGUAUACUGUGUGUGAUUCAGAAGUGCUCUCGCCGGGUUGCUACAAUGCUGCCUUGGUUGGUUAUUCCUUUGAUUGGUUUGUGGGCACUUUCUCAGCUUCUGCCACCUGCUUUUAGGUUUGAGAUUACUUCACCUAGACUGGCUUGUGUUUUUGUGUUGUUGGUUACUUUGUUUUGGUAUGAGAUUUUGAUGCCUCAGUUGUCGGCUUGGCGGGUGAGGAGGAAUGCUAGGAUUAGGGAGAGGAAGAGGUUUGAGGCUAUUGAAUUGCAGAAACUGAGGAAGACUGCUACGAGGAGGUGUCGGAACUGCUUGAAUCCGUAUAGGGACCAGAACCCUGGCGGGAGCCGGUUUAUGUGUUCGUUUUGCGGGCAUGUUUCGAAGAGACCGGUUUUGGACUUGCCUGGGUUGCAAGAGUUGCAGAUUUCAAAUUCUGGUAUUGUGAAGGAUUUGGUUGGGAAACGUGGCAAGAUUUUGAAUAACAAGGUUUGGUCUGAAAAUGGGUGGAUGUGUAGUCAGGAUUGGUUGGAGAAUGGCAAUUGGGUUGGUGGUUCUGUUCUAGGUAAUCCUAUCAACUGGAGAAUGAAUGGAAAUGGAAGAAUUUAUGGAGGUGAUGAGCAUUGUUUGACAGCUAGGUCAUAUUCUGGUAUUUUGGUUUUUGUUUGCAGGCUUUUGGCGUCCUUUUUCUUGACCAUUAGGUGGCUUUGGAGAAAGAUAUUUAGAAUUAGUUCAAGGGAAGACCGUUUAUCUGAUGCUGAACGCAGGGCACUCUUGGCAAAAAGGGGUGAGAAUGGGGAAAACCUGAAUGAAAGUAGAGGAGAAAGAGCACGCAGGAAAGCUGAGGAGAAAAGACAGGCUAGGAUAGAGAAAGAACUUUUGGAGGAAGAAGAGAGAAAACAGAGAGAGGAGGUUGCAAAGUUAGUUGAGGAGCGUAGGCGGCUGAGAGAUGAGACAAUGGAAGCUGAAAAAGAUAGCAGCAAAUUAUCUCAUACCAGUAAGGAGAAAGACCAAAGGAAGGAAGCUGAAAAGAAGCGUCAGGAAAGAAGAAAAGAGAAAGAUAGAGGGUCUAGUAAGAGCAAUUCUGAUGUAGAAGAGAUGGAAAAAAGAGCUACCAAAGAAAGUGAACGAAAGAGGGACUUUGACAAAAAGAGUGGAAUUGAUCAUAGAGAGCAUCAAAAGUCUGGAUUAGAGAGUGACAAAGGACAGAGUACAGAUACUGCACAUGGUAAAGUAUUUGGUGCAACCAGUUACAACCGAGGAAGUACUGGGACAAGGUACCUUGAUCGCAUGCGUGGUACACUUUUGUCUUCUUCAAAAGCACUUGGUUUUGGAAAGGGUGCUAGUAUUCCUGCCACUGUGGUGAAAGAAAGCAAGUCUAACAAUUCUGUUGAUCAUGCUCAUACUGCUGCCAGCAGGAGAGAGAUAUUUCCUGCCGAACGUCCAACUACUAAAUCCAAUUUAAAAGGAGAUGAUAAGAUCAUCAAUCAUUCUGUUAUCCCAGAACCAAAGCCAUGGACUGCACCAAAAAAGUCAUGGCAGCAAUUAUUUACUCGUUCCUCAUCUGUUCCAAAAUCUUCAAAUUCAAAUUCAAAUUCAAAUGUAAUAUGUAGACCGCCUUCCAAAAUUCAAGUUGAAGUUGAAGCCAAAAGUCCUCAGUUAUCUGGCCAGUCACCAGUCGCACAAUCAUUUAACAAUCCAAUUCAGUUCGGUCUUCCAUCACCCUUUAAUAUUUCUACUCAUCUUAAUGGUUCAACUUGUAGUAGUCUAGGUUUCUCUCCUGCAAUUGAACCAGUAUUCUCUCCUGUUGUAAAUACAUCACAUGGUUUUAGUCACGAAGAGCAAGAGCUUUUUGAAGACCCCUGUUAUGAUCCAGUUCCAUUAUCUUUGCUUGGUCCUGUUUCUGAGUCACUUGAGAAUUUUCAGUUGGAUUUGGGAAGUGGCUUUAUGAAAGACAAAGAAGUAAUAAAGCCUCACUCUUUAAGAAAUACAUCUGGUGCUGACCUCAACAAGCCAUCUCCAAUUGAGUCCCCAUUGACCCGAGAAAAGAAAAACAGUUCUAAUAGAUUUACUAGUACCCCCCAGUCCCAAGACAUACAUCCAUUUCCUUUGGAUGAUGCAGCUGCAAUUGAGAAGGGGACAUGGCAGAUGUGGACUAGUUCACCUCUUGUUCAGGAAGGUUUAGGUUUUGUUGGUGGCCCAGAAAGUUGGCUUUUAUCCUCACAAAGGAAUGCACCAACCAAUGGUGACUUUAUGCUUCCAGCAUGUCAGAAGACCAUGCCUUCUGUUUUUAACAGAGACGAUAACAUAAUUUCCAGUGGCUAUUCUGCACAGAAUGUUUUUCUCCCUAAUGGUAACAAUAGUGGCAGGACCUUCGGCCCCGUUGCGGUUUCAAGUGGUUAUGAUCCUUGGUUACAAAAUGGUCUGUUUCCACCUUUACCUGGCAGCCUUAAAACUCAUGAGAGUGGUCAGAAUGAAAGGAUAUAUGGGAGUCCAAGUGGAUCUGCUAUCAGCAAUGUGCUUGAGUGUUCUCCAGCUAACUGUUGGUCCAAAAAUGAAUGGCAUGCUCAUGGUUCUGAGGAAAGCAUAGGGAAAUCAUCUGCUGCAAGGGCCCAUAUUGGUAGUCUGCAACAUCCAACAUCAGAUGUACAUUCAUUUUGGUCAUUUGAUUAGAAAGAUGAUAUUGACAGGGUAAGAGGGACUUUAGAACAGUUCUCAAGGCCAAUUCAUGUUUUUUUAGGGGUGGGGGAGUUUAGAAUACCGAACCCAUUGUAUCUCCCUUUCUUGUUUAUGAAGGAAGAUUGAUGUUUACUUGAGGUUAGAAUGGAUAGGAUUACAUGCACUUGGUGCAUGGCUUUCUGAGGCAGGUAAAGGAAGUGUCCCCUUUUUUAUAUGAAAUUGUUCUUUGAAGAAUGGAAGUUCACAUUCCCUCCCUUGUCAUUAUCUUCAAUUAUGACAUCUUAAUGAGAAAUAAGCUUAUACUAA